UUUGUAUCGAUCCGCCCACCCCGACUGACAGCAACUUACCCAUGCUCUGUGUCCUCUUCAUCGGUAAACUCAACUGUUGACUCAGACACAAAAAAAUGUCAUAUUUUGGGAUUUCUACCCAAAUUAUAGCGUCAAUAUUACCAGACUGUUGAGUACAUGUGAAUGUAAUUACCAUUAAGAAUGUCACGACCAAAGAACAAUCUUGAACCGGAAAUUUUACAGCAGUUGCCGCCAUUUAUGACUGAAACUUAAAGCAAAUUUAACUGUCACCAGAGUUUUGUUUUGGGUCUCUGGCAAUCAGUACAAUAUGCUGCCGAGAGCUGAGCACCAGUGAGGCAAGCACAGUGAUCAGAUGCUCCCAUCGAGGAGGACGCAGAUGGACAGCUUAGUGCAGCCUCUCGUCGCCCAGUACCUCGCCAUGGGCUGUCAAUCAAAAGUCAACAACAAAAGUGAAAGUAUACCCACGGACAACAAGGGCAAAGACGAUGCGAAAGUGACUCCAGGAUGUGGUUCCAGGUCGAGAGUUUCCCCUCCGGGACGUCCUCAAAGGUUCCACAAGCCCAGUCAGGUCCAGACCCCCACAAGUAAACCCAUGAUGUCCCUAGGUCACCUUACCAAGGGAGCGAGCUGGGAGGAGCUCAUCCAGGCUUGUUUGCAGGCCUUUGAUUCAGACGGCUGUGUAUGCGAGCGCAGCCACCUGUUGAACAUCACCCUGACCAUGCAUCGUCUCCUCAUCUCCUCCAGUGAUCUGCUGGAUAAACUCACUGCUCUAUUUAAAACUGCCGUGGACAACGAGCAGCCAACAGAGUGCCAAAGGAUAUGCUACCUCAUCAGGCAUUGGAUUCAGGAAUUCUGGAUGAUGUUCAGGUUGCACCACAGCUUGUCAGACAGCUUGGACCAGCUCCGGGAUCUGAUCAUGGAGCAGGGACAGGAGCAUCUCUGCUCUCUUCUUGAGACUAAAUGGAUAAACGAACGGGACUGGUCUUGGAAAGCCAGCCAGAAGAUCAAAGCUAACAGCAGCAAAAAGAGGAAGGUCUCUCUUCUUUUUGACCACCUGGAGCCCAUCGAACUGGCUGAGCAUCUCACCUUCCUGGAGUUUAAAUCAUUCUGCAGAAUAUCAUUUGUAGACUAUCAGAAAUACAUCCGCAACUGCUGCAUGAAGGACAUCCCCUUGAUGGAACGUUCCAUCGCCCUGUGUAACGGUGUCUCCCAGUGGGUUCAGCUGAUGGUGCUGAGCAGGCCGACCGCUCAGCUGAGAGCUGAAGUUUUCACCAAGUUCAUCCAUGUGGCACAGGGUUUACACCUCAUGCACAACUACAACACAUUAAUGGCAGUGGUGGGAGGGCUUUGUCACAGCUCCAUAUCCAGACUGAAGGACACCACCUCCCAUGUACCCAAUGAGGUCAUUAAGGUGUUAAAUGAAAUGACAGAUCUGCUGUCCUCCUGCAGAAACUUUGACAACUACAGACAAGCAUUCAACAGGUAUACAGGUUUUAAAAUCCCAAUCCUGGGGGUCCACCUCAAAGACCUAAUUUCAGUCAACGAGGCCAUGCCAGACUAUGUGGAAGACAAUAAAGUGAACGUUCAGAAGCUCCAGGCACUCUACAGUCACAUUAACGAGCUGAUCCAGCUCCAACAGAUCCCACCCAAGCUGGACGCCAACAAAGACCUGGUCCAUCUGCUGACGCUGUCCUUGGACCUUUACUACACCGAGGAUGAAAUCUAUGAACUCUCUUACGCUCGGGAGCCCAGAAACUGUAAAGCCACUCCAUCCACCCCCUCUAGACCUCCAGUUGUUGUGGACUGGGUAUCAGGAGUGGCUCCUAAACCUGAUCCCCGAACCAUCAGCAAGCAUGUGCAGAGAAUGGUGGAUUCUGUGUUUAAGAACUACGAUCACGACGAGAACGGCUUCAUUUCCCAAGAGGACUUUGAGAAAAUUGCCGCCAGCUUCCCCUUCUCCUUCUGUGUCAUGGACAAAGAUAAAGAGGGUCUUGUCAGUAGAGAUGAAAUCACAGCGUAUUUUAUGCGGGCCAGUGUAAUCUGCUCCAAACUGGGCCUUGGCUUUGUCCACAACUUUCAGGAGACAACAUACAUGAAGCCCACAUUCUGUGACAACUGCUCAGGAUUUCUGUGGGGUGUCAUCAAGCAAGGGUACAGAUGCAAAGAUUGCGGGAUGAAUUGCCACAAGCUGUGCAAGGACCAGGUGGCCUUUGAGUGUAAGAAAAACACCAAAGUGAACAAUAACACCACCGACAGUCCCACGCCGAGCUCCACGCCUGUUACCACGGGAACUUCAGAGGGUUCAGACGAAUGUCCUUUCCAGUACCCGUCUGAUGACAGCAAAGACUGGAGCCCAGACUCCCCAGUCACCUCACAUUUGGGGCUAAACAGGGUCCACAGCGCCACCCAGACCGAGGGUCCUCCACUGUCCCCUGAAGCCGCUCGCUCUCAUCUGGCCCUGCUUGUCCCUGCUCCUCCAACCUCCCCGACGUGUCCCAGCCCAGUGCUUCAGAGGAAACAGCGACAUUGUGCCAAGUGGGAGAACCGAGCUUCUGUUGUGCAGAAACCCAGAGAGCCAGAAGAAGAAUCAGUCACGGAAACCCUCCAAUCAGAGAACCAAAGGCUCCAGAAGGCCAACGAGACACUACACAGGAAGUUGAAGAAGGCCGAACGGGAGGUGGAAAUGUUAAAGACGCUGCUGGAGAGGCACGCACUUCAUCCUGUGGAGGAGGACGACUCCUCAUAGAUACAUCAAGUAUUGUACCUAUCAUGAGACGGGCAUUUACGGUCUGGAUCCAUUUUACAAUCCAGCUAGAAUACAUAGUGGAACCUCCAAAGUUCGACACCCCAAAUUUGGAUUUCAAACUACAUUUUCCCGAACAAAAAAUGCCUCAAACGUUAAACAAAACUAUCAUUAUUUGUGAUGUUAUGUAAGAUACCAGCAAGUUUCUUAGCUAUGGAAACUUUUUCUUUGGCUUUGUUGUGAUACCACUACAGAAAGGUAACAGUGAUGGCAAAGAAGUUACAUGUGAUGACAACCGUACCAGAGCUACUAGUCGAUCUUUGGGAGUUUGCCGGACGAUUGCGAGAACAUUUGAAAAAAAUGUAUUAUCACAUCUGUGCCCUCACCUCCCGGAGAGCGACCAACAGGCACAUUUUGUCUACUGAACAUACCCAUAUGCUAUCCAGGCAGCAAGGAGCGAGCCCCAGCAAGGAGCCCAGUCCCCAAAACCCAGCCGGAGGUACACUAGUACACCGACUCGCCUCGUACACCGACUCGCCCCACUGCGCUAGCAAAAAGGUUGAGCGAGAGAUAGAGAGUGACAGAGCACAUGCAGCUAUGUGCCUGCGCACACAGCAGUAAUUAUUGCCCGUUAAUAGGGCUCAAAAUCUGCCUUUGCUCCUUCAAAGUUAAGGCACAAGUAUAACUCCAUAGACGUGCACCUCCAAAAAAAUCUUUGAGCCACAUCGAUGCCGCUCGUUAAGGGCUUUGACCAGCCCCUCUCUCCUCAAUCUGCAUUGCUCGCCCACUGUACUGAGCCAACAAGCCAAAUAAGACUUUGUGUUUUGCUCACGAAGCCGAUGCCACAAGCCCACCCCCGACCAAGAGCCACAAAAGUAGGGGUGUAGGGCUGCCCAAAGUGCGGCUCAGGGGCCAUCUGCAGCCCAUGGCUCAUUUGUCAUUGCAUCACUGCAGAAACAAAAUAAAAUUUAAAAAACUGCCUUAUGCUUACACAACAGUUUUUAAUUCCAGUACCUAUAAAACAAAUAGCUGCUCUACAAAAUAACUUCCUGUUCCCGCUCUCGUGGCGUCUGCCAGGCACCUUCAAAGGGUUCCAAACUUGGGAGUCAACCAGCGUCUUUGGAGGUUCCACUGUGCUGUAUAAUGGUCAUAAUGAAACUAAGACGUUUGAUAAACAUGGAAUAGGACGUGCACGGCCAGUUACCGUAUUUGGGAACUAAUGAGGGUAUUUACCAAUCAAAUGUGUCAUUUUAUGUUUGCAUGUUGUUUGUCUUGUUAAUUACCAACAUAAUAACGUUACAAACCAGUACAAGAGAAGUGUAAAGAAGCAGGAAAAAAUACAACGGCGCCACUGAAUCAAGUGCCACUAUAUAGAGUGAAAAACGACACAGAUUGAACAUGAAGAUAUAUGAAAGAAGAUAUAGUAUGUGUGUAUUCAUGUAAUGAUAACUGUAGUAGAAUGGCUCUUGAUGAAGUGUUUUUAAGUGCAUCCUUUUCAUGUUUGAUGUGUCAAACACUACACACAGUUCAUUACACAUUUUUUUGUACAUUGGUACUAUUAGAUAUAUUUUUGCUUCUGUGUAGCUUAUUGAUACUUUUCCUGUUUUAAUGAUCCACAGUCUUAAAUGGAAGUGUGUGUGCGCGCGUGUGUGUGAGUAGGUAUUGGCGUCCAUCUUUUCUGUCAGUAUAGUGAGCUUUUGUUUGAAAAUAAAUGCUGAGCGUUCCUAGUGAAAGCAUCGCUUGUGUUAUUGCUUGUUAUCGCCAGGGGGCAGCAGAGUAUUACAGCAGCCCUCACGGGCUACUUUUUUUUAAUUCUGGUUGGGUAGAAAGUAUAAUCAUAAAAUGUAUUUAUUUUUUAAAAUGAUAUUAUGUUUGAAGCUUUUUUUUUUAGAAGAGUUAAAUCAUAGCCAAUGUUAGUGUUUGUUUUGCCUGCAAGUGACAUGUGAAGCAUCCUUUAUCCUUCUCAGAUAAGGAGGCCUUUUUAGACAAACAUGCACAUUUCUACAGCUGGUAUUCACUCUAUAAGCAAAAGCUCUUACUAAGAGUCAUUGUGUGUUUUCUCUUUGAGCGGUAAUGUCUUGUUGAGCAGGGAGGAUUGCCUCUGAGGCGUAUAGCAGCGCCCCCUCAAGUGUAGCACUGGUGACAGCUCAUUUAGUUUGAUUUGAAUGUCUAUCCAUCCAUUUUCUGUACCACUUGUCCUCACCAGGGUCACGUGUAUGGUGAAACUUAUCCCAGCUGUCUUCAAGCGAGAGGCAGGGUACACACUGGACUGGUCGUUAGCCAAUCGCAGGGCACAUACAGACAAACUGUGAAACUUUGAAUGUGAAACUGGGGAAAUAACUCCCUGAGUCCAUACACACUAAUGGUGAAUAAUUUCCAAUAUGAUGGUUGGCUGGCUGGGGGGGGAGGAAGGACAGGGAGAUCUUUAAAAACAUUUAAAAAGGCCUGUUACACCAAGCUGGAGGUGGGAAUUUAGUGGUCCCACUGAUGAAUCAAUCAGGUGAAAAUCAAUGUACAAGGUAAUCCAUUGUGGUGAGGUGUAGCCUGAAGGACUGUUAUACAUGAGCUAAAUGAUACAUUGCAUUGUGCAACUUUAGACGCUCAAGAGUAUGCCUACAGAAAGAGACUGAUGAUUUAUCAUCCAGACAUCAGUGUACAUGUGGGAAUUGGGCUGUUGUAAGAUACCCAUCAGUUAACUCAGUCUAAUGAAUGUGCUCUGAAAGUAAUUAGGUGAAAAUGCAUGGAAAAAAUGUCCCCCUAUACACCAAAGUGACAAAAGUGCCUUGUACACACAUUUGAACACAAAAUAACAACGCUGCCUGAAGGAUGCUACAAAGCGACACAGUCUCGAUUAUGACACGUGAGUUCAUUAGCUUCUUAAUGAUGGCCGAAGGACCCGUGUGGGUACCGCACAGGGAAAAAAAAGUUAAAAAUGAGGAUUCUGUGAAGACAUCUAAAUGUUUUAAUUAACCUUGUUGCUGCUGCUUCAUAAUGAGGCUUGGUCCAUGUGUCAGAGUAGAGCCAGAGGAGGGGAAAGUGUGAGUUUGAUUGCACAGGGGCGCAAAAUUAUGACUUCCAUGAUGGGUUAUUAAAUGCAAAACAUUACAUUUUUCAUUCUGCACCUUCUGUAAAUAAAUGUGAUUACAUCAAUAAUUACGUUUAACCUUUAAAAUGUUCCUUAAUAUCCUAACCCUGAGAUAAAAACGUCAGCUUCCAAAACCGCUGUCAAAAUAUUAUGCUGAUAUGCAUUGAGUCGCCACCGUAUGCUGCACCGGUGCGCUGCUCCCCCUCCGAACCCUCAUGCUAACUUGACGUUGACAUUAUCCUCCAAUGUAGGAUCAACAUUUGCAACAAAAGCGUUUGUUGUAAUUAUUACUGUAGAUUAGAUUCAGCUUCAGAACCCGGCCUUUUCGCUCUUCAAUUGCUGUUUUUCUCACGCGACAAAGGAAGCAAACAAGCUAAAUAACUCACGCACAGAUUCUAAAUUGUAAAACGUAUAUAUAAUCACCAUUAAUGUACGAAUGAAGCACUGGUGGAGAGUUAUAGAGAAAGCCAAGUGUAAACUGAAUAAAAGCUGUAGGAUCACAUUUGAGUUGAUUGACAGAGAAGACUGUUUUGGCUUAUGCUUGCCAAGAAGUUGCACAAUAUGACACUGCCAAGAAACAGGACGUGUUUGCAAUCUUAGAGCAAGUAAGACAAAGAGAAUGCAGAGAAAAUACUGAAAAAAUGCAAGAGUGCUUGAGCUGCUGUAUGCCAAAGUGCGCUGCAAGUACACACACAUCACCAGAUGAAGGAAGGUCUCAUGCAAAGAAAUGUGGUGAAGGAACAGACGCAGUGAGGAUAGAAGGAAAAGGGCAGAUGGGAGUUUUCUCCCUACUGAGACUUUCUCAAGAAGGCAGAGCAAUACUGAAUAAAACCAAGUGUGGGUUUCUUUGCCAAUAUCUGGUGAAGCACAACUCAAACCCCCCCAAACAGCAUUAUGACCACAUUUAUAGUAACAUGGAGCUGCUGUGGUGGACAAGAGCUUCUGGUUUUUUCCCAUUUCAAUCAAGAAACUUCAUAAAAAACUAUGAUGUUAUUUACUUAUUGUUUUAUUAUCGUUUUUAUAGUAAUCCAUUAUGGGGGAAGGCACCAUACUAUAUUUGGUAAGUUAACGUUUGUAAAGAAAGUCAAUGAGCAUUACCCCUAACUGCUUUGCACUUCGAAUUUUGUGGCUUCUCUCAAUCACGGUUUUUUCAAAAACAUAAUAAAUAAUGCGGCUUGAAUACAUUGAACACAGCCUACUAUUAGUCAGAAAACAUGCACAUUUAAGCAUUUUUUUACCCAAACUACAAAUUUACAAGUAAAAAAAAAAAGCUAAAUGAACUAAAAUAAAAAUAUAACAUUCAGAAGAAGCAUUUCAAAAGGCGGUGGCAUGAUAUGUAGUAUCCUACACUGGCCUCUAGGGGUGUUGGAAAUAAUCGAUUCUUAGAUGCAUCGCGAUGCGGACAUCGACAAUUAUUAAUCCAUUCAUAAAUGUCAAUCAUUGAUGCUGACGGAAUAAAAAAAAACGUGACGGAAGUCGGAAGUGCCUCCUGGACAAUUUAUUGUAGUGCACCUAAGGGUAAGACACAAGCGAGCGUCUGGAAGCACUUUGGAUUUGGUAAAAAUGAGCUGGACAAGAGCCAGACAACAUGCAAGCUUAAAAUAUUUUGGUAACACAACAAAUAUGAGAAACCACCUAGCACCCGAACCAGGAGGAAAAACAGCCAGCUGAAGUUGCUGCCAACCAGAGAACCAUCGAGCAGGUACUUUUAUUGUGAAGGAUUUGUGGCCGUAUUCGGUUGUUGAGAAGCAGGGCUUUUGUGCUUUGUUGCGCACUUCGGAACCCAGAUACAAAGUCUCAUCGCAACGUUAUUUCACUGACACUGCAAUUGUGAAUAAGGGCAGCCUAGUUUUUUUGGUUAUUCAUAAUAUACUGACGUCUGCAAGCAUUAUUCUUGUAUGAGAGCCGCUGGUACAGAAAUCAAUUUUUUGUAUGAAAGUUGUUUUUGACUUUGCAAUACACUCAAAAAAACCCCUAAAAAACACUUUAGCGAUGCUAUGCUCAGGAUUUUAGUUUGAAUUCAGAAGUCUUUUAUUUAUUUGUGAAUAAUGGCAUAUUUUUUUAUGUUGGUUACUCAGAAUAUGCUGAAGUUUGUUCAUUUUAUACAUGCUGCUACUGGUGCACUUUACUUUUCCUGCUGGUUCUGUGCAAUGGGAAAUAUGUUGGUAGAUGUAACCUUCCAAUUAUUAAAAGAUAAUGGAAGUCAAUUAAUCUGUUUCAUAAUUGUGGAUCAUUACAAAUAGGUUUUGUUUUGGUAGUACACAGUGAGUAAAAUGAAAUUGUAUAUAGAAAAAAAUUACGCAUGAAAAAAUUGACAAACUAUUGAUCACCAAAAAGAUGCAUCGAUAAUCAUUUUAUCAUCGCAUUGCAGGCCUCCGAAUUGUAAUCGCAUCGAAUCGUGAGGUGGCCAGAGAUUCCCACCCUUACUGGCCACAAGGUGUCAGUAAUGUUACUGUAAUAUUCGGUGAGACACACAUGUAUCAGACUUGAUCGCCGGAGCAACAGACUUUUAUUGCAAGUUUGAAUUGUCUCCCAGCAGGCACAAUAAUUCUUAACACGAGCUACUAUUGCGGUCAUAAACCAAGCCAAGCUAAAAUCAGGGUGUACCGUUUUCCUGGUAGGCCAAUCAAAAAUAGGCCAAUUGACAGGCGUUUAUUUAUUUACAUAUUUAUUGCUGCGCCUUGUUUUGGUAACCAUGGUAACUUAAUCUCCCAGGCUGGUCCGGGAACAUGCAGACGCAACAUGCAGAAGCAAAAAGCCCAGGGCCAAAUUUUUGUCCCAGUCCAUCCCUGGCCAAAACACAACUCUGAACCUCUGACGUCACUUCCUGUCCACGCCACCGGAACUCAUUUACAGCACCAUACACAAGUACAAGUCUUGUGCGGAGCUGUCAAAUGCUCGACCUCUGGUAUGCAGAGACAGAGGCUACAUGCAAAUAAAAGCCCUUCAUUAGGCACCAGCAGGUGCCACAGGUGUGACAAAUAAAACUGACAAGUACAAAAAACAGUAAGCAAAAUACAACAGAAUGUCUUGGUGACAGCGAGGAGGAGAACCAAACAAAGGCAAUAAACCAGCAAAGUCAGAUUGACUACUCUGGGCUAAAAUAGCCGCCGAUUGUUCAUUGCCACCAACUGUGACACACUGCCACACCGGUGUCAAGCACCUGCACCUCACACCCAGCAGAAAGUACAACAAAAUAAGGGUGCAGGACAGGAAGUAAUAUUUCUUGUACUGUGGGGCAUGACAAAGUGGCUUAUUUUCUGUUAUUAUGUCUACUACAUUGGGUUAAUGUGUAGUGUAAAUGUGACUGUAGGAGUGUUGUUUCAUAUGUAGAGUGCUCUAAUAAUGUUAAAAAACUGUAUUUAGAAGGUCAUAAACAGGUGUUCUGUGCUCUAAAUAUGAAAAUAUUUAUUCUGGUCUGGAACCACUUAACCGAAAUAAACAAGGGGUUACUGUAUAUCAAAAAUAAUAAUAAAUAAUUUUUAAAAACUACACAUUUCAGAGCACAUUAUUUAAAAACGAGACCGAAUGUGGUAAGUAUGUAUAAAAUGAAUUAUAGUUAAAUAUCCAAAUUAUACACAAUAAAAAGAACCACAAAUUUAUGUAGCAAUAUUUUUUAUUACGCGUGUCACCAGAUAAGACAAUACACGUGAUUGGUUCUACAAGAAUGAGAUGAGACGACAUUUUUCCAUUAUUUUUAAGAAAAGUACAAUGAAAAAAUAUAAAAAAUAUAUGACAAUAGUAUAUUGUCCAUCCAUCCAUUCUAUACCGCUUCUCCUCAUUAGGGUCACGGGGGCAUGCUGGAGCCAAUCCCAGCUGACUUCGGGCGACAGGCGGGUACACCCUGGACUGGUCGCCAGCCAAUCGCAGGGCACAUAUAGACACACAACCAUUCACCAAGGGAGAAUCGAACAGUCUGGAGAAUCCCGAUCUCCAGACUGUUAAUGUGUUGGCCAACGUGCUAACCACUAGACCACCGUGCGGCCCAAUAGUAUAUUGUAUUCAAGUAAUUUAGUUUUCUACUAGUUUACUACACUCUUCUGCACUCUGUGCUAUGCUACCGGCCCCGCAUCCACCUGCUGAGACAAAGAGACUGUAUGAGUGAUAAAAGGGCUCACCCCCUUCAUGCCGUUGUUCUGUGGAACAAAUACACCAAGGUGCUGAAAGCAAUGCACAGAGUAAACCCUCUCCCUGCCUGUUUGGAGGCAGGAGACAAGGAAACCAGACACACAUGCACAUGGCAAUAUAUUGAGGCCGGCAAAAUGAUCGAGUUCAUUUUCAUUUGUUGUGUGAUUGAUUAAUA